AUGGAGAAGCAAAUUUCGGUUUUGUCAAUGAAAACCCAUCAAUGCAAAAAUUGCCAAGGAAGCUUUCCCAUCUCACAAAUCUUCAACUGUGUUCAAUGCAGUGUAAUGAUUUGCGGGAGUUGUGGUCUCCGAAAACAUCGCACUCACACGCUCAAUGAUCUUCUCGUUGAGGAACAGAUUAAAACAAUGAUGGAGGAAACGAGAAAUUUCUUCUCUUCUGAACACGAUUACUAUCAGAAUGAGUUCAAAAGUCAGUGUGAAACCGAGCUGCGACGAAUGUUUUCGGGAAUCAGUUCACUUCAAUUGGAAAUUGCGAACAAACUCUCCCAAAUGACAGAAAACGAUUUGGAAAGGGCAAAAUCAGAAGUGAAACGGCUGAAGGGUUUGUACGGCGAAAUGAGACUGUUCUACGGCAAAUACGAGGCCCAGAACAAAAUGCAUUGGGACUAUUUACAAGUAAUC